CAGCAGUGAUCCGUUCUACAAGUCGGCAGACAGAACCCCCCUGACCGAGACCCAGACCAUGAGGGAGAGUGUGUGGGUGUUGGGUGGCUGUCAGCAGUCUUUCCUGUACAAGAGCAGGGAACAAAAACUCCUGCUGAUGAACAACAUCAAGGUGUCCCACAUCACACCUGAUGCCCUACAGAGCAUACUACAGAAACUAGCCUGGUAUGGUGACAUCACUCACAAGCUCCAUCACAUGAUUGACAGUGUGAUCACACGAUCGUUUGGUUGCCAUGACAACGGUGAGCCCAGUGUGAGCCGGACACAACAGGCUUUCACGUCAGCACUGCUGCGAUGCUUGCAGGACUUCAACAAGAAGUUGGCAGCUUUGGAGAAAAGACUAGUUUUACAAGAGGAGCUGAUUACCCUGUCUACCAUGAUGGGGACACUUCAGGAGCAGUUUGGAGAUUUGGAGAUGUUAUACACAGUGUACCAGUUGGGUGUGGUCAGUCCCUCCACGGACAAGACAAACGAUGUACUGAAGGCCUCCAGACUACUGUCAGUUCUGUAUCAGAACAUCCUACAGUACAACACCCUGGGAGAUGCUGCAAACACUAAGCUCCCCUUGUUGCUGCCCCUAUGGAUCCAGACAUUACGGCCAUACCUGGAGAUUAUAGAUGGGUGGGUAAACAAAGGGAACCUCAUCGACCCUGCCAUGGAGUUCAUCAUACAGAGGAAUGGAAAGGUAGAUGUUUUCCACGAGGAUUUCUGGGAGUCAGCGUUCCUUGUGUCCUGUUCUCCCGUGCACCAAGACGACACACCCGGAAGUUCCAUGAAGGAGGAUGGUCAGGAGGAAAACUUACAUGAAGGGAAGACGGACAAAGAAACAAGGGAGAACCAGGAGGAAGAGUUCAUUCCAGUGUUCCUCAAGUCGGUGUUUAAGGAGAUUAUCCUAGCAGGGAAGUCCAUGGAACUACUCAAGGCUCUGGGCAAGAUGGGAGGGAGAGUCGAGUUCCCAGUUCCGCUGUAUGAAGAGUUUGUCCAGUCCCUGCAAACCUUUCUGGAGGUAACAGACGAUCUGGACCAGACCGGUUCCAGUCUGUGUCCACCAGACCAUGUGGGACCUGUCAUGGUAUCCAGUGCCAUGUUACACAGAGUACUGGACACAGCCGUGAAGGACAGUCUUCUAGAUAAGAACUUUCUAAAGGCCAUUGUGAUGGAUUCAUCGGAACAAGAGCAAGAUGGAACAAGGACUGGUGUGCCAUUAGAAGGUAGUCAGCCUGUCCAGCUGGCCCUGCAGAGAUGCCUGUACCCACACAUCCUACAGAGGUGCUCCACUGUCAGCAGACUACUGGUGGAACUACUGAAAACUGAGUAUCAACUUGAGGACUACCUACAGGCAAUGCAAAAAUUUUUCCUGAUGGAGGCUGGUGAUGCCAUGCACAACUUCUACAUGCCUCUGUUUGCCAAGCUGAGUGCAGGGGAGGAGUGGCAGGAUGUGUCUGUUCUAAACUCCCAACUCCACAGCGCCAUUCAGCAACAUCACGGUCAAGAUGCAGACAGAUUAUCUGUGACGAUAGAAGCCUCACAGGUGGGAGGAGAGCCUCAGUCCAUCCACCAGCUACAGGAGCUGACCCUGUGUUACAGGGUUCCCUGGCCCGUGGACAUAGUCAUCACAUCUGCCUGCCAACAUGUGUACAACCAGGUCUUCCAGUUCCUUCUGCAGCUUAAGUGGGCAAAGUACUGUCUGGAUGAGCUCAAGUUCGCAGACCUCAGGAGUCCAGAUGUUCAGGCUGAGACUGACCAACCAGAGGAGUCAGACGACAUCCCUGCCAGACAGAAGGAACACAGGAUGCACCUCCUGAGACUCCGACUUCUACACUUCAUCAACGCUCUGCACAGCUACUUCAUGACGAGGAUCCUCUACACAACAGCUCUGGAGUUUAGAAAGGAAUUUUCAGAGGCUUCAGACUUGAGUAGAGUGGUGGAGGCCCACACAGCUUUCCUGACUAAGCUGUAUCAGAGGUGCAUGUUGCACAAGAAGGCCGGGCUGUUGAAAAUGGCUGUCAGGAGAAUGUUGAACAUGGCUGUGAGUUUCCAGACCCUCUGGGACCAUGGCCUUCACAACAUCAGCCUUGAAUCACUGGAGACAAUUGAAGAUGAGUUCAAGAAGUGUAACGACUUCCUGGGGUCCUUCUUCAUCAACAUGUCCAGAAGAGGAUCCUUCCCACACAUGGAGUCUCUGGCCUUGUCUCUUAGAAUGGGCAGUACAUGA